CUUUUCGGGUCAACGAUCCCUUAAUCUCAGUGAUCGCCCUACUCUGCACUAUCCAUGAGCAAUCUGGCAUUCUUUCCCACUGCUCUUGAUCGAUGCCAAUAUGUCCUCUGCCUUGAGUAGUCCAAUCAGGCCGCUGAGAUCAAGACUCGGUUGUAAAACUUGCAAAAUUCGAAGAGUCAAAUGCGGAGAAGAGAAACCAAAUUGUGUACGAUGCACCAGCACAGGCCGUAAGUGCGAGUACGAAGGCACAAUUUCCGGCACAUUCUCCUCCACGCCUUGCACAACUUCAAUACAGGACCACCCACUUUCAUUGCUGCCCAAUACGGUGUGGCGUGAGCGUCGUGCCUUUGCCUACUACUUCCAGCAGGCCUCUGUAUCCCUCGGUGGUGGACUGGAUGUUCAUUUCUGGCGCUCUAUCGUUCCGCAAGUCUGUCGGAGUGAGCCGGGCGUAUGGGAUGCCAUCAUCGCACUCAGUGACCUGUUUGAGAGUCCCGGGCAGGACCCUCGUUCUCCCAGUCCGAAGCACCGAGAUGCGUUAAGCUGGUAUUCACGAUCGGUGUCUGCUGUCCGUCAGCGAAUUCAGCGGGGUGACAUAGAUAUUUUUGCCGGACUAAUAACUUGUAUUCUCUUUAUCAGCAUUGAAGCCAUCCAGGGAAAUGAGCAGGAGGCCUUGCAGCUGUAUGGUCAAGGUGUGCAUCUCAUUCGCACACUGCGCGCUCAAAUAGCGUGUGGAGUUGUGUCAGCAACCAAAGCUUCCUUGUUAGAGGAUGCCAUCGUCCCGAUAUUCGUCCGUCUAGGAGUAGUUGCCCUCACUAUUGCUCAUCUUCCUGUGAGUGGUCUACUGCUAGACGAUGAUCCUGUACUGGUGCAAGAAUUUGUCUCCCUCAAGUCCGCUCGGGAGGCCAUCGCUCUCCUAAGCACUGAGAUCCAGCUCUUUGAGCGCACUUGCAUUGAGUAUCGACACGAGUCUCACUCCUCCCAUUUGCACCCAGAAUUGAUGGGCCGACAGAUGGUCCUGUCAGGUAGAUUAAAGGACUGGCAUACUGCCUUUACCGUCCUCAUUGAAGGUCUACACGCGAAAGGUGUUCUAUCACAGCAGCAGAUUGGCACAGGCGCCCUUCUAUUAACCUACUAUGAGAUGUCGUUUGUUAUACUUGCAACCUGCAUAUCCUCAUCACACAUGGUAUAUGACGCUUACACGGCAAACUUCCAAAAUAUAGUUGAACAGUCUAGCAUUGCUAUCAAUGCAUUAGCACGAUCGGACGGCACACAACCGCCGUUUACGUUUGAAAUGAACGCCGGUUUUCCGCUUUGGUUCACCUGCCUUAGAUGCCGGGAACCCAAGAUCCGACGCAUGGCACUAGCUCUGUUUCGUCGAGGACCUCAAGCUCAGGGUUUCUACAACUCCGCCGGAGCAGCAGCCCUGGGUGAAAGUGUCAUGAUGCUAGAAGAAGCGUUGGCAGCUAGAGCAAAUCAGGGUAAAGCCGAGUCUCUAAGACAGGAAUCAACCAAUUCAGCUGUUGAAAAUAAGGCCUAUAAUCUAGACCAUAAUAGCGACGUUGCUAAGGCCGAUUCUAGUUCUCUCCCUGUUUCUCAAGACUCUGAACUCGCAGUGUUUGUUCCGGAAGAAGCGCGUCUCGGACCCAUUGGUAUCUUUCGGUCACAAGACGGAUUUCCGCCAGGAACGAAGGAGGAAGACGUCGCAAAGUGGAACCAAAGGCGCAACCAGACCUUUUUGCGGUUCUCACGGAACGAGUAUGAUCAAACGAGCGACACUUGGCGUGUUUUUCAUGACUAUGUUCCCAUUGAUAAUUAAUUAAAGCAUGAACGAUCGUGAUGUGUAUCACAUAGUGGCCAAGAAGAUGGUAGCAUGACCGGGCAACAAAGCGAUCACUUAUCACCUUGCCUUUACUCAAGCUCAUCGAAUAUACCUUCAACAUCAAGAUGACCAGCGGAAUCCCCGUUCACCUUCCGUGGCCCUAUCACCAUGGCCGCACCCACCGAACUGGAGGAUGGUUGACAGAAAACCCCGACACGGUCAUCAGCUUCGUUCGAAAGGUCUCUCUCGAAGAGGACAAAGCAAUGCUCCCUCUCCACCCCAUCAUCCAAAAGUUCCAAGCAACCGUCGACGGUUGCCCAGAUCUCCGCAUGUUUGCGUCCGCAAUGCUCACCGAAGUGCCCGACAAGCCCCCAUACAUCAACGACCCAACUGGCACCAAACAGAUUCGGGACUUUGACCACCUUCCCCAUCUAUUCAACUACACGAUGCAGAAGGUGGCACCGCAGUGGAACAUCGAUGAGUACCACGUUGGCCUUAUUGGUACUCCUUUCAACGCAGUGCUGGACUGGCCCAUGGCUACUCCAAGCGGAUACGCGUUCUUCCUGCGCAAGGAAG